CCUGUGACUUGUUCAAUGGAAGAGGUCUUUUCUCAGAUUCAGUUCAUUGGGGAUGUCUGUCCUGCAGCUCACUACUGCCCAGUUGGCAGUGCACAACCAGAACCCUGUCCGCCAGGCUCUUUCCUGAGCCACCGUGGUGCUGUAUCUGAGACAGACCGUCAUCCAUGUACCUCUGGAGUCAGAGCUCUGCAGAGCUUCGCUGUCCUGAGGGCAGUUUCUGUCCAGCCGGUUCUGUAACAGGACAUCAUUCCGACUGUCAGUGUCCGUCUGGUCACUCAUGUCCGUGUGGCAGUGUCCAGCCUGCCAUCUGUCUGCCUGAUACUUAUCAGCCUCUGCCAUACCAGCCUUCCUGUCAAUCUUGCCCACCAGGUUUUUACUGUUUGGAGGGUUGCACCACCCCACUUCCCUAUCCUGCAGGCACUGCGAGUAUAAUUGAGGGGUUACAAUCUCAGCUGGAUUGCUCUCCAUGUCCUCUCGGAUUCUACUGUAACACCAGCGCACUAAUCAGCCCCACCGGACCCUGCUCUGCAGGUCAUUUCUGUUCAGCUGGAGCCACAGAGCCUGCCCCAGUCUCUCAGACAUGUGGAUAUAUAUGUCCGGCAAGAUAUUACUGCUGCUAAGUAGUGCUCCGUUACCAUGUCCUGUCAGUUUCAUUCUCCAGGAUAAAGAGGCCACCUCUCAUAAUGACUGCUCCCCUUGCCCUCCAAGCAGAUAUUGCAUUGCACCAGGCCCCUCUCAGCCCUCAGGGUUUUGCUCUCCAGGUCACUAUUGCAUUAGCGGCGCAGAUACUGCUGCACCUCAGGCCACACCCUCUCAGCAGACUUGUUUUUGUGACCUCAUACCUUCAUCCCACUUCCGAAAGUAUGAUCUUUGCUUUCUGAAGCACAACAUAGCCUGCUCAAUUCACAUUUUAGGAGAUGGUGCCAAAGAUUGGACCAAUCUGGAUCCCAGACCUCUAUUAGAUUUAACUGAGUCUGAAGGUUAUUCAGAAUCACCUCUACAAAUCACAGAAACAUGCACUGGCUUCAAGGGAGACCUGUGUCCUACAGGUGAAUGUUCUGCAGGCUACUACUAUGACUGGGGCUCCAGCAGUCUGGAGCAGAGUCUCUGUCCUUCCGGUUUCUAUUGCCCAGCAGGCCCACACAAGCCCCUGGCCUGCACUGCAAGCACUUACAGCUCCGUCAUGGGCAAAAGUCACCAAGGAAAUUGUUAG